AUGGGAGAAAAGGAAAAGCCUCGGUUACCUUCAAAACAUCGACACUCUCAGGACCUAGAACACUUGACAACAUCAAACCCUCCAAACAUCCAACCCUCGAACCACCGAAAUCAUCGAACCCUCAAACCCUUGACACCAUCGAACCCUCCAAACAUCCAACCCUCCGGCCCUCAAAGUCCUAGAGCUCUCAAACACUCAAACCCUCGACACCGUCGAACCAUCGAACCAUCGAAUCGGCGACACCCUCGAACUCUCGAUCCAUCAGAAUCUCCAACUCUUGAACCAUCGAACCAUCAGAACCCUCAACCCUCAAACACCCAAACCCCCAAACUCUCGACACCUUCGAACCAUCGAAACAUCCAACCCACCAACCUUCCAACCAUCAAUGCCCUCGAACCAGUGAACCAUCGAAUCGGCAACAUCCUUGAGCUAUCGAUCCAUCAGCAUCUCCAACUCUCAAACCAUCGAACGAUCGGCACCCUCGAACCCUCAAACCCCCAAACCCUCGCCACCGUAGAACCAUCGAACCAUCGAAUCGGCGGCACCUUCGAACUCUCGAUCCAUCCACAUCUCCAACUCUCGAACCAUCGAACCCUCGGACACUUAAACCCUCAAACCCUCGACGCCUUUGAACCAUCGAAACAUUCAACCCUCCAACCUUCCAACCAUCAAUGCUCUCGAACCAUCCAAUCAGCGAAAGCCUCGGGCUUUCAAACCAUCGAACCCUCGAACAACCGACACCCUCAAACCCUCAAACCCUUGAACCAUCAAACCCUCCAAAAUUCCAACCCUCCGACCCUCGAUGCCCUCAAGCCCUCAAACCCUCGACACCGUCGAACCAUCGAACCACCGAACCAUUGA